UCCAGUAGCGCUGUAGUCGUAACCUAGCAGUUAUCAUAAAACAUUUCCAAAUAUUAUCGGGUUUGAAAAUACUUUAGUUGAGUUAAAAAAAUAAAAAUGUCUCGUUCUCUCUCAAAAUUAGUGUUUGAAAAUUUAAAAACUACUUUGGGGUACAACAAAAACCAGUCGCGGUCUAUAAGUCGCUCGGGCGCGUGCAAUGGACGUGCGUUGAUUUACAACAAUUACGGUGAGCCUGCCGAAGUCCUUAAAUUAACAGAAGUUGCUGAUAAAAAACCGGAAGCUAAUCAGAUUACUGUUAAAUGGCUUUUGUCGUCGGUUAAUCCUGCGGAUAUUAAUACACUGCAAGGUAAAUACCCAAGUCGACCUUCAUUACCCGCGGUCGCGGGUAACGAAGGUGUAGGGGAAGUUAUUGAAAUUGGCGGGAACGUUAAAAAUUUUGAAAUCGGUGAUCGUGUUGUUCCGAAUGCAAACAAUAUUGGAACUUGGACCACACGUGGUAAUUAUGAAGCUAAUCAUAUUUUUAAGAUUCCCAAGCCGCUUGGAACAGUUGAAGCCAGUAUGCUUAUCGUAAAUCCUUGUACUGCGUACAGAAUGUUGAAGGACUUUGUGAAAUUAACACCAGGUGAUACCGUUAUACAAAAUGGCGGCAAUUCAGCCGUAGGGCAAUUAGUUAUUCAGUUGUGUAAAAUUUGGGAAUUAAAAAGUGUUAAUGUUGUGAGGGACCGUAAUGAUAUUGACGAAUUGAAAAAACAUUUAAAAACUAUUGGGGCUACUGAAGUAUUAACAGAGGCCGAAUUAAGAACGACGGAUUUGUUUAAGAGCAAAAAAUUACCGGCGCCCAAAUUGGCGCUCAAUUGUGUCUGUGGUCAGAAUGCCGUCGAGGUUCUGAGGCAUUUACAGGCUGAAGGAACGAUGGUUACUUAUGGAGCCAUGUCUAGGGAACCAUUAACUGUUCCUGCUUCUGCGUUAAUUUUUAAAAAUAUUUCAAUAAGAGGAUUUUGGAUGACUAACUGGAAAAAAACCCAUGGAAACUCUGAAGAAAAUACUAAAAUGUUUGAAGAAAUAGGGAAAUUAUUCGAAACAAAAAAAUUACAACCACCACCGUAUAAAAUAGUACCGUUGUCUAAAUACAAAGACGCUAUAAUAAAUGCCCUUAAUACGGAUGGUAAAGUUGGCGUUAAAUAUAUUAUUGAUUUGACAGCUUAAUAACUCUAUUUAUGUAUAUAAAUAUAUAUGUCAUA